CACAAUAUUAAUUAACUUAAAUAUUAAAAAAGAAUUAAUUUACUGAAAAAACAGAUCACCGUGUUGAGACUGGGCUUGAAAUUUCGUUUUAAUUAUGAGUAGUUUUCAUAAAACUAGUGAUUCUCGUGUGACUAUUAGUGGCACAAAAGUUAAAAACAAUUUACCCGUAAUAUCAUCUGGAAUUCCUUCUCUAGAUCAUGUAAUUGGUGGUGGUUUACCUGCAGGAAGCAUAUUUGUGGUUGAGGAAGAUGUUCUUGCUAAUUAUAGCAAAGUACUCAUGAAGUAUUUCUUGUCAGAAGGCAUAGCUUGUAAACAUGACUUGUGCAUUGCAUCAGCUGAUGAAGACCCAGCCAUCAUUGCCAAGGAGCUACCAUUACCGACAACAAUUCCUCAAGAUGAUGAAAUUAAAACAGUUGCUAAUGAUGUAGAUAAAAUGAAGAUAGCUUGGCGAUAUGAAGGGCUUAGUCAAGUGGAGUCUUCAUUUGGUAGCAACGCUAGUUUCGGGCACCAUUUUGAUCUGAGCAAACACAUUGAUGCCAACACUAUUGAAAAUCAUAAGAUACAUUAUUGUAAAUUGGAAAUUGAGAAUAGAAGUGCAAAUGGUUUCAAAAACAAUUUGUAUAACAAAUUAUUGACUACUAUUAGAGAUUUAGUUUGUAAGGAAGAAUAUCAAAGUAGUGUUAAGAAAAACAGCAAUAUCUUAAGGAUUGGUGUACAUGCACUGGGAUCUCCAGUGUGGAUGGCAAUGGACUGUGAGGAUGAAGCCAGCACAGCUUAUGGACAAGAUCUGAUCAAGUUCAUGUAUUGUCUGAGGGUUAUACUCCGAGACACUAAUGCUGUGGCAUUUGUCACCAUUCCAGCUCAUCUAUUUGAUGAUGAUCACAUAAUGUCAAGACUACUGUAUUCAGUAGAUAACGCAGUCAGAAUAGAAUCAUUUGCUGGCUCAAGUAAAGAGACAAACCCAGUAUACAAAGAUUACCAUGGAUUGUUCCAUAUAACCAAGCUGUCAGCUAUUUAUUCACUAGUUCCAUUUGUACCACCCAGUCUUGACCUAGCAUUCAAAUUGAAAAGGAAGAAGUUUGUCAUAGAAAAACUGCAUUUACCUCCAGAACUCCAAGAGACAAAGGAACGAGAGCAGGAUGACAUCACAGGUGUACCAAACGUAAAUUGUGGCGGUUUCAAAAAGAGAGACAUUGAGUUUUAAUAAAAUAAAUUGUACCAUAUAAAUAAGAUACAAAUAUUUUUGUAAUAUAUUGUACCUAAUAUACAGCUAUGAAUUGUU